UCAACGUUCAAAAGAAUUAGUCGUCCUGCCUUCGCGCACUCGACUCUGGGAGACUUUAGCGCAAAAGAUCUGAAUUCGAAAAGAUCUUUUUUGGCCAGUCUCGGGAAUAUGACGGAUCCUGUGGUGUUGCAAUCCGCCGUACGAGUGCCAACGCCUCCUCCAGGCGAGUUGCAACCUCAAGCUUCUCGCAAACGGUCUCCUCCCUCUCGUUCUCCGUCUCCGAAUCGUCGCCGUUCGGCUCCGGGUGAUUCGUUGAAGCAGGAUGGGGACGCACCUCACCUCGACGAUGAGCGUGCACGGGAAAGAGAACGCCAGCUCGCCGAGCGGGUUCGCGAACACGAGAAGAAAGAAGCCGCGCGAAAACCCAUGACGGACGAAGAGAAGCAAGCAUCAGCCAAGGCAGAAUACGAGAAAUUGUUGAAUAUGCGCUCUGGUGGUACAUAUAUUCCUCCCGCCCGAUUGCGCGCCCUGCAGUCACAGAUCACGGACAAGUCCAGCAAAGAGUAUCAGCGGAUGGCGUGGGAAGCCUUGAAGAAAUCGAUCAAUGGUCUUAUCAAUAAGGUGAACGUGUCGAAUAUCAAGUUCAUUGUUCCAGAACUUUUUGGUGAGAACUUGGUCCGCGGACGUGGUUUGUUUUGCCGGAGUAUCAUGAAGGCUCAGGCUGCCAGUUUGCCAUUCACUCCGAUCUACGCUACGAUGGCCGCCAUUGUCAACACCAAAUUGCCUCAAGUUGGCGAACUGCUCCUCUCCCGAUUGAUUGUCCAAUUUCGGAAAGCAUUCAAGCGGAACGACAAAGCCGUCUGUAUUUCCUCCACCACCUUUAUCGCACACCUUUGCAAUCAGCAGGUCGUCCAUGAGAUGACAGCCGCCCAGAUCCUCCUCCUCCUCCUUCAUAAGCCAACGGACGAUAGCGUUGAAAUUGCCGUCGGUCUUACACGAGAGGUUGGGCAGCAUUUGGAAGAGAUGAGCGGGCCUAUUGCGCUAGCGGUAUUCGAUCAGUUCCGUAACAUCUUGCACGAGGCCGACAUCGACAAGCGUGUACAGUAUAUGAUCGAAGUUCUGUUUCAAGUGCGCAAGGACAGGUACAAGGAUAACCCAGCGGUAAGAGAGGAAUUGGAUCUAGUUGAAGAGGAGGAUCAAAUUACCCAUCGCAUCGGUCUGGACGAUGAGAUUGAAACACAAGAUGGGCUCAACAUCUUCAAAUACGAUGAGCAAUGGGAAGAACACCAAGAGGCGUACGCGCGGUUGAAAGCAGAGAUCUUAGGAGAAGGUAGCGAGGAUGAAGAUGAUGGGGAUGAAUCGGACGUGAGCUCGGAUGAGGACGAGGACGAGGAAAAGAAGAUGGAUAUCAAGGAUCAAAGCAACACAGAUCUCGUCAACCUUCGACGGACCAUUUACUUGACAAUCAUGUCGAGCAUUGACUUUGAAGAAUGCUGUCACAAGCUGAUGAAGGUCUCGCUACCACCUGGUUUGGAGCCAGAGCUUCCAUCCAUGAUCAUCGAGUGUUGCUCGCAAGAGCGCACAUACUCGAAGUUCUACGGGUUAAUUGGAGAGCGAUUUGCCAAGAUCAAUCGUCUCUGGUCGGACUUGUUUGAGGCUGCGUUCGCCAAAUAUUACGACACAAUCCAUCGGUACGAGACGAACCGGCUUCGCAACAUUGCCUGCUUCUUUGGCCACAUGCUCAGCACUGAUGCGAUUGGCUGGCAUGUGAUGUCUAUCAUCCAUAUGAAUGAGGAGGAGACGACAUCGAGCAGUCGUAUCUUUAUCAAAAUACUCUUCCAGAAUCUCGGAGAGCAUCUUGGGCUGCCCAAGUUGCGAGCGCAGAUGACGGAUGAGAUCCUUCGACCCAGUUUCGAAGGACUCUUCCCUAUGGACAACCCACGGAACACGCGUUUCUCCAUCAACUAUUUCACCAGUGUCGGCUUUGGUAUUUUAACGGAGGAUAUGCGUGAACACCUCAAGAACCUGCCCAAACCGGAGCCGCCCGCACUGCCGCCGACCAGGGAUGCAGAUUCGGACUCGGAGUCGGUCAGCAGUCGUUCAUCUUGCUCGACCUGCACAGGUCCCCGCCACUCUCGCUCCCCGUCCAGGUCGAGAUCCUACUCGUACUCCCGAUCGCCAAGUCGUGGUCGUGGACGGUCCUACACACGGUCUCUGUCCCGGUCGUCUCGGGGACGAAGCUACAGUUACACCCCUUCCCGUUCCCGCUCCCGCUCUCGCACUCCUCCAGCAAGAUCUCGCCGUCGCUCCAUUUCCCACAGUCGAUCCCCAAGCCGGUCCGUAUCGCGGACAUCAUCCCGACGAGGCCGAGCCCGCUCCUACGACUCGCGGGACUCGCGAAGCCCAAGUCCCUACCGCUCACGGAAACGCUCGCCGUCUCGAUCAGUCACCCCACCUCGAAAGCGGAGUUACUCUCGCUCGUUAUCGCGGUCUGCCACACCGCCUCGACGUGGAGCUGCGGCGCCUAAAAGCAGACGCUACUCAGACAGUGUAUCACGGUCACCGCCACGUCGUGGUGGAGGUGUUCGCGAUGAUUCUCGCUCACCUAGUCCACCACCGCGCCGAAGGAGGUAUUCGGAUUCAGUGUCACGGUCUCGCUCGCCACCGCCUCGUCGGAGUCGCAGGUCGCCUUCGGGGAGUCCACCUCGGCGAGAGGGAAGAGGUCGCGCCAGUGAUCACUUUUAGUCUAGGGGUUAAAAAGCAGGAUCUGCAUGGAUGAUAGGUAGUUUAAUAGCUUGAGGUGCAUUUAUGAAGAUUGAAUGUAUCUGUUAUACUGGGUUGUAACGAUAAUACCACGUUUGC